CAUGAAGAAGGGACUUGUUGCCAUUUUUGUUGCUGUUCUUGCAGCUUUUAUUGGACAAAGAUUUCUUAAACUGAGGGAAAUUACCCUUUCCUCCAGAGAAGUGCCUCUGAAACACCUCAAGUGCCAUCAUGUAAAGAAUAUAGAAUAUGGUUCAGAGGAUAUCACAAUACUUCGAGAUGGACUGGCCUUCAUAAGCACAGGGUUAAAGUAUCCUGGAAUGCCUUCGUUCUCUGAUGACCCAGGGAAGAUCUACAUGCUCGACCUGCUGGACCCUAACCCUAAGCCAACAGCCGUGGAGCUACAAAUCAAAGGACAACUAGACCUCAACUCUUUCAACCCACAUGGCAUUAGUGUGUACACUGAUGAUGCAGAUAGCUCCAUAUACCUGUUUGUCGUUAAUCAUCCUCAUCAUGGAAGCCAGGUGGAGAUCUUUCAGUUUGUUGAAGAGAAUACCCUUCUGCACCUGAAAACUAUUAGCCACCCCCUCCUUCACAGUGUGAAUGACAUUGUUGCAGUUGGAGUAGAGAGCUUCUAUGCCACAAAUGACCACUCCUUUCCCAACGAUGUAUUACACACUCUGACCAUCCUCCUUGGUGUUCCUUGGUGCACUGUGGUUUACUACAGCCCAGAAGAAGUGAGGGUGGCAGCCAAUGGCUUUUCCUCUGCAAAUGGCAUCAAUAUAUCCCCUGACGAAAGGUAUAUAUAUGUUUCAGAUAUCAUUGACCAUGAGAUAGAUGUCUUGGAGAGACAAGAAGGGGAACGUUUAGUGCAUGUUAAGUCUGUAGGUGUUGGGUCACUUUGUGAUAACAUCGAGGUGGACCAUGAGACAGGUGACGUAUGGCUGGGUUGUCAUCCAAAUGGCGUGAAGUUAAUGACAAAUGACCCUGCAGAUCCACCUGGCUCUGAAGUCAUCAAGAUCCACAACAUUCACUCUGAGAAGCCAGUGGUGACCCAGGAGUACGCAGACAAUGGCAGCGUGAUCAUGGGUUCGUCUGUAGCCGCUCCCUAUGAGCGAAAAUUGCUGAUUGGCACAGUCUACCAAAAAGCCCUGUGCUGUGACUUGAAAUAGUCUGUGUACAUUGGGUUCUGUGCUCACCACUGUAUAUGAAGUACAAAAUGUUUGGGGUUGAAACAUGAUAUUGUGCUGAUAAAGUAUGAAAAAAAUAAACACCUCUGAUUAACCGUUUACAAAAGAGAGUGAGAUUUCGUCUAAAACACACAGUGGCUCACUGAGAUAGUUGGAAAUGAAGAGAUCACAUAAACUGAAGUGCAUUGUCAGACAGUGCAAGCUUACUUUGUAUA